AUGCUUGGGGCGGGGCUUCUGCUCGGGGAGGCGGAAACGGAAGCGCUGGCGGACGGCGACGGAACCGCGGAAGUGCUGGGGGAGGGGGUCGCCGAGGGAGAGGCGGAGACGCUGGGCGAGGGGCUCCGGCUCGGGGAAGCGGAAACGGAAGGGCUCGCGGAGGGCGACGGAACGGCGGAGACGCUCGGGGAGGGGGUCGCCGAAGGAGAGGGGCUUGUUGACGGGGCGGGAGAACUAGAGGGGGAUGGGGAGGGGGAGGGGGAAGAAGACGGAGAGGGAACUGGGGAUUUUGAGGGAGAGGGGGAGGGGGAUGCUAGCGCCGACGGGCUUGCGGAAGGGGGGGGCGAGGCGGAUGGGCUGACACUGAUUGCAGGGGAGGGGCUGAGACUGAUUGACGGGGACGGGCUUGCGCUUAGAGAGGGGGAAGGGGAAGCGCUUGCCGAGGGGGACGGAGAAGGGCUGAGAGACGGCGAAGGGGAAGGGCUUCGCGAGGGGGACGGGACUGCGCUUGUUGAGGGGGAGGGAGACGCGCUAAGGGAAGGUGACGGAACCGCGCUUGUUGAGGGAGACGGGCUUGCGCUGAGGGAAGGAGACGGAGUUGCGCUUGUUGAGGGGGAGGGGGAAGCGCUAACCGAGGGGGAAGGGCUUGGGGUUUUUGAAGGGGAGGGGGAAGAAGAUGGCACGGCGGAUCGUGAGGGAGAAGGGGACGUCGAAGGAACUGGGGACUUUGAGGGUGAGGGGGAAGGAGACGGGGACGGGAGCGCUUGCGCGAUCUGCUGCUUGAUCGUGGUCGUGUUGGGAGGGUUGGCGGGAUCAAAGUUCGAGAGACCCCCCCAGUCGCAAGUCGGGUUGGAAACCGUGACAUACGGAACAGGGGAACGAGACGGGGAGGGAGACGGAAUGGCGGAAGGGGAAGGGGAGGGACUUCGUGACGGGGAGGGGGAAGUCGAGGGUGCCGGGGAGGAAGAAGGAGAGGGGCUUCGCGAGGGGGGGGGCUCGAAGAAGGGGUUGGCGAAGGGCUUCUGGAGGGGGAUACCGAGGGAGCGGGAGAUGCCGAGGGGGCUGGAGAAGAGGAUGCCGAAGGGGGGGGGAGCUUGA